CUCUAUCUCCUCCAAUACUUCCUAUCUCUCAAUUGCCUCAUUCUCAAUUCCCGCCUUACAUCACAAAUACAAUUACAAUUACAAUCACAAUGUUCAGUCGAACCUCGAGACCUGCCGCCCGCUGCGCCCGCCGCCAGCUCCACGCCCCCAAAGCCACCCGCAACGUCCGCUUCCAGUCCACCUCCUCAGAAUCUUCAGCCUCCAGCGGCACAUCCUCGGCCCUUGUCGGUGGUGUUGCCGGUGGUGCCGUCGCCUUCGGUGCCGGAUACGCGUGGUACCAUUUUUCCGGAGCCAAGACUGCUGUUCGCACGGUCAAGGAAACACAAGACUACGCCAACUCGGUAAAACAGGGCCUCGUCAAGAAUGCGCCUGAGCCCGAUAAGGUAUUGCAAUGGCUCCGUGAGACUACGACGAGUUAUGCGGCCUGGAUCCCUGGCGCCCGGGGCUACAUCGAUACCCUGUUUGACGAUCUCGAGAUAAUCAAGGGGAAGCAUGGCUCCGAGUUCGAUUCAAUCGUGAAGGAUGCCUACGCUGAGAUGAAGGACCUCUCGAAGAAGGGCGGCGCCAAUGCAGACACAGCUUUCAAGGCUAUGAGCAUCCUCCAGAAGCACCUUAACCGGCUACUCGAUCUCUCUGGUGACGCGGCGGAGGAUAUUCUCAACAACCACCCCCAGCUGAAGGAGAAGGUUGGCGGUGGUUUAGACCAGCUCAAGGAGAUGGGCGACGCAUACGGCCCUCAAGCAAAGGAGGAAGUCAACAAGACGUGGGAGCAGAUCAGCGGCAUCGUCAAGAAGGGAGUCAGCCUCGAUGCGGCCAAUGAUAUCCGAAAGCUUAUCCAAGAGAAGCGGGAGAAGCUACAGAAACUUGGCGAUGAGGCUUGGUCCAAGGGGUUGGAGGAGUCCAAGCAGUACCUCGACAAGAACCCUAAGCUCAAGGAGCUGGUGGAAAACAAUGCAGAUGCGUUGAAGCAGGGGAACUUCACCGAGUUAUGGGGGCUGGUUAAGGAUAGUGCUUCGAGUGGCAAGACAGAGGAUGUCGAGAAGUAUGUGAAGGAGAAGGUUGGACAGGCAAAGGAUACUGCUCAGAGCAGCGGGUUCAAUAUCGAUCUGGAUAAGUGGUCUAGUCUGAUCCCUGGCGGUUCUGGCGUACUCAGCCAGCUCCAGGACUUGCAGACGGUUGGGCAAAAGAAGGGCAAGGAAGCGGAGAGUGUGCUGAAGGACACAGCGAAUGAGCUGCAAGAAGUGCUGAAGAAGCGGAAGGAGCAGCUGGAGAAGCUGGCGGAUGAAGCCAAAAAGGAGGCCAACUAA